GUUCCUGUCUGUUCCUCGUGAAAGUAAUUAAAAUUAGAUUUGUUCCGUACGUUGUAUCCUGUCUUCCAUCCUGCAGCAACAACGUGACAGAAAGACCGACCCUAUAAAGAGAAGAUGAGUUGGGCUGAGGACGCUUUGUGGAGACUGCGGCAGGACGGUCGUGAGUUGGAACGGUAUGUGGAGGAAUUCAUCGAACUCUCCCACCAGGUAGGCUGGCACGAAACUUCUCUUGGCGCUGUGUUUGUUUUGGGGCUGGAUGAUGAGACAAUACGCUGCGAGCUUCCCACUUGUAGUUUCCCCUUGAUCGAGCUAAUCAAUCUGAUUCUCUAUUUAAACGGAUCUGAUUUUGAAGUAGAAGAAGUUCAGAGUCCGAUUAGGUCUCAUCCUCCAGUCUCCUCCCAGACACAGCGCAACGCGCCCGCCUGCCCUAAGCCGAGAACCUCCACAUACCGUGUCAACGGCUCGAACCGUCAGCCCAGUCCCAAAUCCCCAGUCACCCUCCAGAGCUCCACCGCUGUCCUCAGCCCGAUGCGGCCGGCCUCAUCCCCGCGCUCUAAUCCGCCGGCCACCGCCCAGAGCCCUGUCCCUCGGGCCGCCACGCCAGCGUCUGCUCGCAAGAUGGCCGCCACGCCAGCGUCUGCUCGCAGGAUGGCCGCCACACCAGAGCCUGCUCGCAAGAUGGCCGCCACACCAGAAUCUGCACGUAAGAUGGCCUCCGUUCCUGAGCCCCCGGCCAAGAUGGCCUCCAUUCCUGAGCCCCCGGCCAAGAUGGCCUCCGUUCCUGAGCCCCAAGCCAAGAUGGCCCCCAAGCCUGAGUCCCCAGUCAUGAUUGCUGAAAUGAACAUUAUGGACAGGGCAAUCCCACUGGAGUUCACUGCUCCUAUUAUCUCCCCUAAUUCUCCUAAGCCUCCGCUGGUUCCGUCCAGCCUUCCUGAGCCUCCGCUGGUUCCGUCCAGCCUUCCUGAGCCUCCGCUGGUUCCGUCCAGCCUUCCUGAGCCUCCGCUGGUUCCGUCCAGCCUUCCUGAGCCUCCGCUGGUUCCGUCCAGCCUUCCUGAGCAUCCGCUGGUUCCGUCCAGCCUUCCUGAGCCUCCGCUGGUUCCGUCCAGCCUUCCUGAUCCUCCGCUGGUUCCGCCCAGCCUUCUUAACCCUCCGCUGGUUCCGCCCAGCCUUCCUGAGUCAAGUCACGUCACGGCUGAGUCAAGUCACGUCACGGCUGAGUCAAGUCACGUCACGGCUGAGUCAAGUCACGUCACGGCUGAGUCAAGUCACGUCAUGGCUACAUCUCCUGAGUCAAAUCAAGUUCCUGGUGCU